UCCAACACAAUCCAACACAAUCCUCCUCCAUCCUCCUCCAUCCUCCUCCAUCCUCCUCCGUCCUGCUCCGUCCUCCCGCUGCGAGACCCUCCGACCCGCAACAUGGCUCCUCGUAAAGGGAAGGAGAAGAAGGAGGAGCAGGUGAUCAGUCUGGGUCCUCAGGUGGCUGAAGGAGAGAACGUGUUUGGAGUUUGUCACAUCUUCGCCUCCUUCAACGACACCUUCGUCCACGUCACCGACCUCUCCGGGAAGGAGACGAUCUGCCGUGUGACCGGCGGGAUGAAGGUGAAGGCCGACAGAGACGAGUCGUCUCCGUACGCCGCCAUGUUGGCCGCUCAGGACGUCGCCCAGCGCUGCAAAGAGCUCGGCAUCACGGCGCUGCACAUCAAGCUGAGGGCCACCGGGGGCAACAGGUACCUGUCUGUCUGUUUACCUGUCUGUCUGUCUACCCGUCUGUCUGUCUGUCUACACGUCUGUUCAGUUUAUUCUGUAGAGCCCAGAAUCACAAAUUGGCCUCAGAGGGCUUUAAAUCUGUGA